AUGUCCCAACCAACAGAGCCAACAGAUGCAACAGCUCGGCGGUAUUUUGGCUACCCCAAGGCUCUGGAAGGUCCUAGAGUCCCAUUCCGAAUGGACGAUGGAGCCAAUCCGGGUCUUAGCGGCAUACCGCUAGUCAUAGCAGGGUGGCUGUAAGUAAUAUGGCAAUGAGUGAGUAUUCAUAUGGCAUAAUGGCUGAUUGACAUAAUUAGCGUAUCAAAAGUGGGUUUUCUUCAGAGAUUCAUCUACAAUAAUGCUGGAUUGAAUUGUUUGAGAAAACUUGACUUAAAAGGUUAUAGCGAAAGGUGGGAGGUACGAUAUGGUGUUUGUUUAUAUUACAAAUCGCAUAUCUAAUAUCGUAUAACCUACCGUUGUCCCUCUUGCAAAUCAAGCCGAGAAAGAAUAUGUUCCUAAUCUCGAAUUGCUUUCUUUCCAAACCUUUCCGGAGAACCUACCUGGCCGCUACAAUACCGUCGCAGAUUAUCACGCAACAUACCUGUCAGGAGAACUAACCCCACUCGCAGUCUGUGAAUCUCUACUCCCUCUCAUUCGCCGAGACGUUGACUCCCCAUCUUCCCAUUCUGUUCCCUUUGUUGCUACAGACGUCUCUGCUAUCCUCCUUGCUGCCAGGGAAUCAACUGCCCGUUACGCUGCCAACAAGUCGCUUGGACUGCUUGAUGGCAUCCCCACAGCGGUCAAAGAUUCUUCAAGCGUGGCUGGAUAUCGAUCAACUAUAGGUCAAGCUGUAAAUGACGAGCUCUUUCCCGUAUCAAAAACGACCACAUGGUCUAUUCAAAAGCUACAGGAGUGUGGAGCAAUCGUCCUCGGAAAGACCAAUAUGCAUGAUUGGGGUACUGAUAUUACAGGCUGCAAUCCAAACUGGGGGACAGUUCGAAACCCGUAUAAUUCGCAGUAUUAUGCUGGCGGUUCUUCCGGUGGCUCAGCAUAUGCUGUAGCAGCAGGUUUAAUACCAUUCGCACUCGGAGCCGAUGGGGGUGGAAGUAUCAGAAUCCCGUGUGCAUUUUGUGGAGUUUACGGGUUGAAGCCAACGCAUGGACGAAUAGAUAACACUAAAAGCACAGCAAUUGUAAUUGGGCCAAUAGCAGGUACCAUGACAGACCUCGAGGCAAUGUACAGAGUCAUGGCACAACCCAACCCAUUGGACCCAACUUGCGGACAAUUCGCGCCUCCAGGAGCUCUUCCACCUUCGCGAACAAAGAUCAUAGGCAUCUGCAAACCAUGGUUUGCGCGUGCCGAGUCUUCAGUCUUGAAUCUCUGCCAACAAGCGGUCGACUACUACCAAAACAAACUAGGUUACGAAGUUGUCGAGAUCGAGAUUCCUUACCUUGCUGAAGGCCAAAAGGCACAUGCAUUCACAAUCCUUUCCGAGCUGGCUAUCCGUGCCCGAGCUCAACAUCUCCCCAACCAGAUUCAUACUUCGACCUCAUGGCUUUCCGGUCUGAAUGCUGCCAACAAAUUUGUUCUCUCGGUAGGGGCACAAACUAAAGCUCAAGACUACCUUCUCGCCCAACAACUACGUAAUCUGCUCAUGCAAUAUCUCGCGUUUCUAUACAAGAAACAUCCUGGGAUGAUUAUCGUAACUCCAACAACCCCAAUGCCAGGUUGGAAUAUCAAGUCAGAAGGCGACUUGAAAUACGGCUCUUCGGAUGGCAACUCAACCCUUCGUGGGAUGGAGUAUAUCUGGCUUGCCAACUUUUGCGGAACUCCUGCUCUCAGUUCUCCUAUCGGUUACGUCGACCCCAUUCCUACGGCCGGCGAGGGUAAAAUCCCAGUGAGUCUGAUGGGUAUGGGGGAUUGGGGAUCUGAAAACCAACUUUGCGAUUGGGGACGAGAGGCAGAGAUUUAUCUUAGUCAGGUUACAAGGGUGGGAGAAGGCGACCAGAUGAUGAAAGCUGGGUUGAUGUUCUUGAGCUUGCUGGGAGUCAGAAGAAAUUGUAAAGUAGCUAAGCGAAGGGAUAUUGAAUGCCGAUGGGUUGCCGCUUGA